CAAGACACAUUGGGGUGAGGUUUGGGGGUUUUGGGGUUUUUGGGGUGGCGGUGUUCCCCAAGCACCCGGUGGAGCAGGACGAGCCCAACAUCCUGAUCUGCUACGUCACCAAGUUCUGGCCGCCGGCGCUGGGGCUGAGCUGGCUGCGCAACGGGGUCCCGGUGACGCGCGGCGUCCUGGAGACGCCCUUCUACCCCGACCGCGACUUCACCUUCCGCAAGUUCUCCUACCUGCCCUUCAUCCCCCGGCCCGGGGAGUACUACGACUGCAAGGUGGAGCACGAGGGGCUGGCCGAGCCCAGCAAGACGCAUUGGGAACCCCAAAUCCCGGCGCCGGAGUCCGAGGCCACGGAGACGGCGAUCUGCGCCCUGGGGCUGGCCGUGGGCAUCGUGGGCAUCGCCGCCGGCACCGUCCUCAUCAUCCGCGGGAUGAAGCUCGGCCGCGCCCGCCCCGAGCGCGGCAUGCUCUGAGAGCCCCAAACCCCAGGAAAUCGCCCCAAAAUCCAGCCCCAGAUCCCAUGGAAUUGCCCCAAAAUCCAGCCCCAGAUCCCACGGAAUUGCCCCAAAAUCCAGCCCCAGAUCCCA